AUGUCCAGCAAGACCUGCGGCGAUAAACUACCCAUGAUGGACGAAGCGUUACAUAAUUGGAGCCCUUACGCUAAGGAGUACGAUCCAUUAAAAGCUGGUAGCAUAGAUGGAACGGAUACGGAGCCUCACGACAGGGCAAUCGCUAGAGCCAUGUAUGCACACUACGAGCCACCACACGAUUUAAAGUCCAAGCCAGAAAGAACUCUUUUCGUCUCUGGAAUUGGAUCCAAAAUCUCCAAACAGGAUCUUAAAGAGCAUUUCUCAAAAUGUGGAGAAGUACUGUCAGUUAAAUUAAUAGUUGACCUAGUUACGGGCAUGUCCCAAGGUUACAGCUUCGUAGAAAUGAGAACCGAAGACGAGGCACAUAGGGCGACCAGACGGUUGCACGAUACAACCUUGAAAGGGUAUAAACUUUUUGUCGACUUCGAAUGCUGCCGUACAAUGAAGGGUUGGAAACCUAGACGAUUAGGCGGAGGUUUCGGAGGUAGAAAGGAAUCUGGACAGCUGCGGUUUGGAGGAAAAAAUCGGCCGUUCAAGAAACCUAUCCUGCCAAAUAUCGUAAAGCCAGGGCCAUGA